AUGAGGCCAAUGAGUAGUUCAUCAUCAUCAGGCAGUGAGAUUAGGAAUUGGAGGUCUCCAACUCCUUACCUCUUUGAAUGCUUAUCUGUAUUCCUGAUUAUAAUUUCUCUGGCAUUGGUGAUCCUUAUUUGCUCUAAAAGAAAACAUGUUUCUCAUUCAUCAGCUGAAGCUGAAGAAAUGAAACAAGCAAUACCCCAGAACAUGGAAGGUGACCCUUUCCCAAGGAUACUUGUGAUCAUGGCAGGGGAUGACAAACCCACAUACCUUGGUAUAUCAAUCACUUCUUCAACUCCUUGUACCUGUGCAGUGAACAAAGCUAGUCAAUUGACUUGCUAG